AUGCCGGACUCUUACUCAAAUUCGAUACCUUUGCAGAGCCAGAACGAGAGCGAGGAUUUCGAUUGGGACGUGACGCCCCUGCAAGCUCGGAAGAGACGACUCGGCGCGGCAACCGAAACUGAUCCGCCACCUCCGAAGCGAGUGCGACUGACCGCGCUACCUUUGGAGCGAAUGCAACUAACCAAGGCACACAAAGUAUGGCUGGCCGCCUUGGUGCAUAACUUGGGUAAUGAAGCAACACUACGGACGUAUUUAUACCAUCCAGAACCCAAGGCUCCUCCCGGUCAAUCCACUUCGUCCUUUCGAGAUUAUGUCCAACCCCACCACGACCCUCAAGCAUACGUUUCCAAGUGGCUGAAGUUACAUUGCAUGAGCUCCUCCCAAGAACAUCACUUCACUCGUAAACACUCCCGCUUCUCAUGCAUCAUAUGA